AUUGUUUUAAUUUAACCACCUGUGGAUAUAGCAAACCAAAGAAAUGUCCGAAACUAUAUCCUAUUCCUCCUGGUGGACUGAUAAAAGGGAAUGUUAACAAGACAUUAUUUCAUGAUGUAAAUCUAGUAAUGACACAUGUAUCAUACAAUAUUUCUAACAUUUUAUCCACUUAUGUUAAUCACUGUGAUAAAAAUGACAAGACAUAUGCAUGGCUACAGUCACGAAUCGAUGAUUUAAUUUCUGAUUACAAAAACAGACUUGCCGUGCAAAUCUCACCUGCACGCUCGAAACGAGACCUGCUCGGAAACAUAGCGGGUCUCUUCGGCUCCAUUAAUUCCAUUGCCAACAACUACAAAAUAACCAAACAAUCACAAUACUCAACAUGGUUGGCAAACCAGGUGGCCACUGGUUUUCAGCAUAUCACAAAUAGCAAUGAAAAUAUCAUAAAAGCGGUUCGAUCUGAAGCGCAGGCGCUUCUUGCGAUCAGCCACACAUUAUUCAAUCAGACCCGUACCAUCGAACGUGACUUAGCCUGUAGGACAUAUGCACAAGAUCUAUUCACUGCUGCUAGACAAGAAAUCCUAGAUCUUCGUCUGUACAAGACACCUAGACAUGUUUUAAUUGACCUCAUAGAGAUCUUAGAUCUACAUAGGUGGUAUGAAUCAGAAAAAAUGAAAAAUGUAAGGUAUUCUGAACUACUAUCCACCAUAAUGAUGUUUACAGGAAAUGAAUGUAAUGGAUGUAUUGGGUUUUUCGUCAGUUUUCCUUUGAUACACCCAGAUCAGGUUUUUCCAAAUUCCACUACCAUACGCUCUAUGGGCGUGGUAGUGAAGGAUCAGGUAAUUAAAUGGGAUCACCUCACUGGAUACAUGACACAAAAGGGUAAUGAGACCUUGUUUACCAGUCGCACAUGUUGCCAUGAAACACACAAUUAUGUUAUCUGUACAUGUAACACCUUGCAACCUUUCUCCCCCAAUGACACAAAACUUAUAAAUGUUCAGACACUGCAUGGUUACUAUGAUGUUAUCCAGGUGUCACAUUCACAGUGGUGCGUGGUCAGUGAGAUGAACUCUUUUACCUACGGAGGACUGGCCUGCUCUGCUAAUCACUCGUUUUGCUUGGAAGUGACAGAGGACUUUUCGAUGGGUCAAGUCAACAUUUUAGGAAGAGUGCCACUGGACACAGAGACCUCACCAUGGUGGGAUGACACUUUCUAUGAACAAAGUACCCAAGCUGUGGUUGACACGAUGGAGCUAACACAAAGACUGAUCCUGCAAACUGAAUACCACCUCAACCAAGCGCAGGUUGAGAUUAACCUGGCACGAAAGACUGCACAACUGUUAUCCAGUUCAUCCACUCGGUCGGCACAGUACACAUACACCUGGUGGGACUGGGUGUUCCGGGGGUGUGCCAUUGGCAGUGCCCUGAUCUUCACCUUCACCAUUUUCCAGUGUUGUUACUUCAGGCAUCUCGUCCAAUCUACACAGGAAUCCACACACGCUGCCCUUGCCCUCAGCCCACUGCAGAUACCUGUGUUCCAAAGACUCUAAAAAAAAAAAAAAAAAAAAAAAUCUUUGCUUUGUCUGACCCCGCAGGUACCCUAUUACAAUUCGCCCGCGGGGCCAAGCGGGGAAAUACUGUAAGAAUUUUGAUUGAUCUUGACCAAAAGGUCAGCCCUUCCUGGGAACACAGCAUGGAUGCCCGAGAGUGCAGUGUGUGUGCCCUGUAGGUGCCCGAGGCAGCAAGGACAUCAAAAGAGAACUUUUGCAACACAACAACUUUCCUCCGGGACUCACGGCAGGGGACCAAGACCCCCAAAACACCCCUCUCGGGAACCAGAACUGUAUAUCGAUUACAGGAGACUCCCUGGAGAGUUACACUUGAUUUUCAAACACCACAUCUCCAUACAAAUGAUGGACCUGCAGACAAAUGUCUGACUCCUCUAC